AGCUAGCUUUGCUUGCUUGCGUCCGGCCUUGAUCUGCUGAACUAAUGAAUCUCGACCGAUCCCAAACCUGAUUCUGUUCAGGCGAUAUGCAUCGAUCGAUCUGAAUUUCUGGAAUGAAUCACGCAUCAGAAAAGAAAGCAGGGAAAACAGAGGCCGGCCAGAAACCAAGAAGGAUCAUGCUGCUGAUACUGAUGCCACUUGUCUUUGUCUGAGUUUCUGACAGACAGCUGAAACCCCCCUCUCCCAUGCACGCCUCGCCUGGCGGGUCUCGCUGUCAGAGACCACCUGCUAGACUUGCCAAACUCGGCGAGAUCAGCUCAGCUGAGAUCAUCAGACAGCCACGGACCUCUUUAUAAGCCAGCAACGGCACACUCUCACACAGAAGAACAUCAAGCUAGGCAAAGCCUCGAGCUCGAGCUCCAGUUCGUCGGCAGCCAUGGCGCGCAGCUUCGCGCGCUCCAUCUCCUUCCCGCUGAGCCCGUCCCGCUGCUCCUCCAAGCCCCGCGCAUCAGCCUACCACGAGCGGUCCGUCUCGCUGCCCUGCCGGCCCCACAACCCGGCCCUCGCCCACCUCCAGGCCCACAUCCUCGGCGUCCGCGCCUGGGCCGCCGGCCCGUCCGCCGCCAUCGCCGCGGGCCUCGAGCUCCUCGCCUCGCUCCACGCCUCCCUCGCCGACCUCCUCGCCUUACCCGAGGCCCAAGCCGCGCUCCUCCCCUCCUCCUCCAGCAACGGCGACCGGCUCCUGGACGCGUUCCUCCGCCUCGCCGACGCGCACGGCUGCUUCCAGGAGACGCUGCUCGCGCUCAAGCGGGACGUCGCCGAGGCCCUGGCCGCCGUGCGCCGCCGCGACGGCGCGCGCCUCGCCUCCGCCGUCCGGUCCCAGCGCAGGGCCGGCAAGGAGCUCGCCCGCCUCGCCUCCCUCGUCCGCCCACCUUCCUCGACGCGCAUGAUGAGCCCGCUCGGCGGCAUCGUCGGCCAUGGCGGAAGCAAUGAAUUCUGCGGGGUUCUAAUGGAGGCCGCGGCGGCGACGGCGGCCGCGUCCGCCGCGCUGUUCGGGGCCGUGGCGGCCAUGUCGGCGUCCGUGGCGGCGUCGGCAUCGGCAUCGGCGUGCUCGUGCAAGAGGACGGCGGCGCUGGUGUGCCUGGUGAAGACGACGAAGACGAAGGGCAAGUGCUCGGGGUCGUCGUCGAUGGGGGAGGAGGAGGAGGCGGCCAUGGCGGAGAGGCUGGAGGAGCUGGAGGAGUGCGUGGAGGAGAUGGAGGCCGGCGGCGAGAAGGUGUUCAGGAGCCUCGUGCAGACCAGAGUCUCCCUGCUCAACAUCCACACCACGCACAUCUUCUAACAACCAUCUCUGGUCUACCAAGCUUGAUUAAGAGAUUGCGAAUUAGUGAGAUUAAUGGCAAGAAAAACAACCAGCGCAACUGUAAAUAAUUUACUACCACGUACUGCUUGAUUAACAGAAGAAGGAAUUUGUGCAACUGUUGCAAUGCUUCUUGGCUCUUGCUGCUGUAUGAAACUCUGCAUGUUGCAAAAUGCUCGCUUUCUGUUGUACUUGUGCCAGGGUUUAAGCGUUGUCUCUGAUCACCGAUGACCGAUCCGACCAGUUAGCUAUUCAGAAAAAAAUUCAUGUUUCAGAACAAUAUGUACUACACAACCCCUUCUGUUUUCCAUUUCCUGCAAUGCUGGGUUGUUCAGUUGCACAAAA